ACAAACACACGUCCAUCAGCUAUUCAUGAAGCUUACAAAUUUCUGCUGAUGUUCUUUUUCCAAAAUAUUUUAGAAAUGUUAAAUAGUGACAGGAGGCAUCCAACAACAAAAAAGUACUUAUGAUGUCACUGUACCCAUUAAAGCCGAUAUAGGCAAAUAUUGGUUCCAAAUAUCAACAAGUAAAAAUGUAUUCAAAAAUGUCUAGUGUACUUUGAAACGAAUUAUGUAUAAAGAUUACUUAAAUGCAGUACAUACAUAAUUUGCCUCUGAUGAUUCUAUUACGCCUCACUUAUUCUAAUUGCAAUGCCCAAACUCGUCCGCAACGACCGCACACUAUGUUUUACUAGAUUACUAAUUGCUGACAUCAAUAUAUUUUAAUCGAAAGAUAAAUUGCCUCAAAGAAUGCAAUUUUGUAUUAGAUGUUGCUUUGAAGGAUUAUGAUUGGUUUCACUCUCACUCAACAGAUAUACAACCAUUUUUAAGUGAUUUCGAAUAUCUGAAAGAGUCUACUUAUGCCUUUGUGUCAUUGAUAUCUCAGAGAAACUUCUUCAUAACUUUAAUAACACGUUUUUUCCCUCAAUCUUCUAUAAGUACUAUAGAUACAGAUAAAAUAACACGCCUACUUCCUAAAUAAAAUUUACCCUGUGUUACAAUGUUUCCAAAUUUCCAUAUUGUAUUCAAAAUCAAAUAUUGUGUUUCAUGUUAUUGUUGUUAUAGUGGCAAUAUUGGCAAAACUGUCUGGUUGAUAGUAGUUAGUCGAUUAUAUCUACCUCCGGCUCCACUUCAGUUGUAUACGCGACUGUCGUGGGAAGGUUUUCUAACAAACGUAACUAAUUCUGAUAAUAAUGAUAUAUAAGAAUGAUGUCGAAUAACUUCAAGAAUUAUAACGUAGAAGCUUCACCUAGCAUUUAACAAAGUUGUUCGAGCUUAAUUUUUAAUAUUAUCAAUGGAAGCGAAGUAAACAUAAUAAAACAACUAAACAGUGAAAAAGUCAAAUUCUAUUAAUACUGAAAAAUACUUUGGCUACUUUCGAUAAGGUUGGGGUAGAAUUUUGGCAGAAUAUAUACAAAUAAAUACAAGUACACAUACUUAUAACUUCAUGGUCACUCUAUAGCAAUAACGCCUUGCGGUCAUUGGUAUGUGACUGGAUUUUCCACAGCUACUUAUAAAACAACACGCUGAGCCAAACAUACAUACCAAACUGAAUACAUAUUUAGUUCAUAUUAAUAUUAUAUAUGAAAAAAUUCGUAUAUUAACGGUAUGUUACAAUAUUUUCAUAUUUAGAUUUACCAAAUAACAAUAACGAAAAUGGUGCAACAGAAAUGAUCCAUAUAUUACACUCAUAUUUUCAUAAACAAUGUAAAAGUAUUUUAUUAAAUAAAAAUUCAGUGCGCAGUGGCAGCCAAAAAAGUAAAUAGAUUUGUACUAUGCACCUGCUCGAGUAGUAAAUUAUCUGUUUGACUUUUUCAUUAUGCCACGCGAAUUGAUACACAAAAGGCCAGUGUCACAGCAACAACUUCCACUUGACGGCGUUAGUGGUGAUAACCGAAGUGAACACACACUAUGUGGGGGCUCGCGCUCGCAUUCAUUAUACACCUUGUUAAAGACUAGCGAAUUCACAAAUAACAAACUAAUUGAUAAAGCAGAAUGGAGAACGUCAGAACUUUUUUCGCUGGACAAAAUAAAGACGGCACAUUGACAAACAAUCAGCGGAACGGUGGACUAAAUUUAUUUAAUGGACGCAUCGUGCCGACUGGCAUGAGCAGUGGUCUACAGGGCAACAUGAGCCCACACAUUGGAGGGCUGAAUGACAAAACACAUCACGAAGUGAAGCGAAAAGAUAACGACAGUUAUUUCUAUAUAAUGUGGCGCUCCUAAGUGAAAUCACGUGCCUCUAACUAUACUCCAGUGAAACAUUUUGUCUAAAGUUACCUGCAUUCGGCUUGUACAAUUUCGACGAUGCACAAAUUUGCAUAAAUAAAAUAAAUUUCAAUAUAAAUUUUAUACAUAUUGUGGACGCAUGCAGUUCUUUUGGACUGCAGAAAAUUGUAUAUGCUAGUGAUAUUAGUUUUAGCAAAUCUGCUUUCAUAUAUUAUACUUAAAAUAUUUUACAUAAUAUAACGGUAUUAACAGGGCAUAUCGAAGACUUGCGAUCGAAGAAAUUGAUAUAAAAAUUAUUAAUUCUAUAUGUAUUUUUUAUAAAACAAAAAUCAGCUAUACGCUGCUAUGGAUAUACUUACCUUACUAACCAUACUAUGUUGGCUAGUUCUGACACUUUUAUUCGGUCCCAUAUUGUUCUUUGUGUGCAUUUAUUUACCUGAGUUACCUGUUAGAUAUAUAAAACGCAUUCGAACAUCUUAAAUUAGACGAGUAUUUUUUAUUCAUAUAUACAUACACAUGUAUGUCAUUAUAUAUAACAACUUAAUCGUAAGCUUUCAGUAAAUUAAUUUUUUUAUUGGUAACUUAAUUAAAUUUAAUUCACAUUUCCUUUAAAAUAAAUGUUAAUGUUAAAUUUAAAUAC